AGCAUCCAAGCUUUCCCAUCAACAGCAAAGGAACUACCUUACUUACCAUCAAAAUGAUGAUCAAGGCACUUAUUCUUCUUGCUUCCGCCCUUCUCAUCCAAGCCCAAUACGCUGUGCCACCUGUUGACUACGGCUAUGGUGUCCCCAACCCAUACCAGUACAGUUACAGCUCCCCUGCCAUCGGGGGAUCCAGUUCCCACAGCGAAUCUGGAGACGGAACCGGACGAGUGACUGGAUCCUACUCUGUCGUUGAUGAAGAUGGCCGAUCCCGAACCGUCGAAUACGUUGCUGAUGAACUCGGAUUCAGAGCCAACGUCAUCACCAAUGAACCCGGAACUAGCAACCAGGCCCCUGCUGAUGUCUCCAUCUCAUCCAGCGCUGAUGAUGGAUUUGGAGGAAUCUACAGUGCCGGUCUUCCCGUCGCUCCAGCACCUAUUGCUGCACCCGUCCCUGUUGCCACUCUCUAGAAGACUAAACAAUUAGGCGCUGAGUUUGAAAAUCAAUUAGAAAUUCAAAUUUAUAAACAAAGGGGACAUUUCAAUAUGACUGAAUGACGCUAGUCAACGCAUUGGGUUGAUGAUUGCUUUUUACACCACCUGGGAAUUAUUUGGCUGCAACUGCGGUAUAUGUGAACUCCAAGAUUCGGUAUAUCUGGGUGAGCAGCUGUUGGUGACCUAUUCUCGAAGAAAUUAUCAGCUGUGGCUUCAUAUUAUGCAAAUAAAUAUGACUUUUUAGCUCACUGUUCUGAUAAAAAUAAAAGGUAUUCGAAUUCAGCCUGGAAAAAAGAAUAAAUUGUUUUUAUUGU